AUGGCGGGCAUGGCGCUGGCGCGGGCCUGGAAACAGAUGUCCUGGUUCUACUACCAGUACCUGCUGGUCACGGCACUCUACAUGCUAGAGCCUUUUAAACUAUUUAAUUGAACCGUGUUCAAUUCCAUGCUGGUGUCCAUCAUGGGAAUGGCGCUGUACAUGGGCUAUGUGUUCAUGCCACAGCACAUCAUGGCAAUCUUACACUACUUUGAGAUUGUACAGUGACCAGGAUGUGACCAGAAUCCAGAGGUUCCCUGGAGAAGAAGUUGGAAUGAGACUUCAUCCAAUGUCAUAAAAAAAACUCUACAGAUGUCAACAUAACCAACCUUAACGAAGACUAAAAUUCAUGAGUAGAACAGGAAAAAAAUCAUCCUGACUCAUGUGUUGUGUUCUUUAUUUUUAAUUUUAAAAGAGGCUCUUGUAUAGUAAUUUUUGUCUAUUUUAACAUUGUACUCAUUUGUACUUUGAUAUCAGUAUUUUCUUAACCUUUGUGACUGUUUCAAUAUUACCCUGUGAAAGCUUUUCUUAAUGUAACUUUGAGUACAUUUUAAUUGCCUUCUCUUUUUAAAACCUAAAGUCAUUAGUUGAGCUCUACUGUUCUUGCUAUUGUAUGGCAUAUAUACCUGCCUGGAUAUAUUUCUACUCUUGACCAAAGUUUUGUAAGAAACUGCAACAGAUUUGGGGCAGGGGAAUGGGGUGGGGAGGAUAUUUUAUUGAGAAUUCCUUACAAAAAACAUACCUGUAAGCUUGAACUCAGGAGUAUGGUUUUAGCUAUCUAGACUCAAAACAGCUUUUGCUUUAAAACUAUUCCAGUGUUUCUUAACAACGAAAAAGAAAAGAUCUGGCUAAAGUUAAAAUAAAGAACAU